CAGUUUAAGUUUCGGUAGUGCUGUGAUUUUGUGCCAGGAUCAAGUUUCAUACUUACUUCAGCAUAUAUACGUAUAUACAUAUCUAUGCUAUGUAUUUAGUCAAUUCCGACUCUACUCUAGGUUUAAUAAAUAUUUGGCAUUGUGUUGCACACGAGUAAUAAGUCAUCGUAUAUACAGAAGUAUUCAGUCAUGUGUAAGUAAGCAUAGUGCUGCAAGUUGUGGCGAUUUAUUGUUAUUAUUACAGAGCAGCAGCGUACAUAUGUAAUGGUCACGUUAACUAUUAACGUUAUAAUAAUAUGGACAUUUCACCCAUGUCACAAAACUACGAAUGUUAUUUCAGUUAGUGUAAAAGUAUAAUUCUGCUGAUGCUGGUUCACUGGUUUUGAUGAUAAUAUCGUCGUUGAAUCAUCGUCUGCGACAAGUCUUAUCUCUAGCAAUAAGUUCUAUUUUUUACUCGUAUUUAUAAGAACAAAUAGUGGAUAAAAGUACAAUAAAAGAAUAAUCGAAUGGAAUUAAGGCAGUGGGUUUAUUUUAAGGAGGACUAAAUGGAUUGGGACAGAAAAAGGAGAAGAAAUGCGACGGAUGAGAGUGAGUGAAAGUGGAGAAAGUUACGGAAAAAGAGUGCGAUUUACGCGAACAAAGUUUUAAGUGAAUGGGAAGCUGGGAGAAAUUCAUGAUCUGAUGUUAAUAUUUAAUUGAUCUCAAAAUUAAUAUUGGAAAUUUUGAAAUUAUUAACUCCUCAGUGAUAAGUAUAAGUCGGUGAUUAAUGGAUUCUAAAAUGGAUCUGCCUCACAACCGACCAAUGGUUCCACCUAAACCUGAUAAGGAUAAGAUAAGCUUGCCAACUUCUCCUCCCACUCCAAACACUGAAUCUGGAUGCGUAUCUGAUGCAUUAAGCAAAAGUCCAUUUUUUGACAGCACAUCGCCAAAUCCUGCCAGGAAAACUUCUAUAAACGGUCAAAACACGUCAGAAAACGAGUCUCCGAGACGCCCUUCUGCCCCACCGAAGCCUAACUCAAAUCACACUCCUCCUCCCACCACCCCCGCCACCAGCAAACCUGCCCUUCCUCCUAAGCCGUCCAACAAUUCCUGCCCCCGGUUGUCAUUUACGUCCUCACCUCCAACCAGUCUCACCCCACCGACUACUUCUUCUCCAUCAAGUUGCAAAAUCUCACCCCCUCUCCUUCCCAAGGGGAGGAACAGCAUUUCUAUCGCGAAUGCCAUUUUGGCCAACAAAAAUUCUGCCGGAAAUAAACCUGAACCUACAAAUUUCGACGACGUGACGCCACGACGACAUCCUAUACGAUCUCCCUCCGCACCCCUCAGUCCACGACCAAACACGGCAAAUUUCCCCGCUGCUCCACGACCGUACAGCAGCAUUUUCAGCUUUCCACAUCCCCCAGAACAGCAAAAUCUCAAUCAAUGGAAUGCAAAUUCAUCUCCACUUUCUCUCAGCACACGAGCAAAAACGGUUAGUCUGGGGAGGAACGUGGCCCCACCGACAUCACCGACGGGAAACAGCGUCACACAAUUUUUCACCAAUAAGGCCGCCACUCUGGCCAGAAUGCUCCCAUUGGAUUUAAACUUUGGGUCUAAAAGUUCUCCUCCCAAUAAUAAUAUUAAUAAGUCUACCACCAAAUCAAGUAUUAGUUCACACCUUAGUGGUAACAUGACGCAUAAUAAUAACGGUAAUAAUAAUAUGCCAUCUAGUCAAUUUGGACGGUUUCAUAAUAAUGUUUCCUUCGCGUCCAAUGGCCCCAUCCCACCUCCACCACCGCCCCGAUUAAGGCGUAAAUUGUCCCCAGUUAGUUCACUUUCUCCCGUGGAAGAUUCGCCAAAUUCGCCAAACACGCCGUCAGUUUUCUCUCCACAAACUACUCCACCUCCGUCACUGAUUGCACCCCUUGCAGAGGCAGAAGAACCUGUCGUUAUCUACGCAGAAAUCGAUAAGGAGAAGAAAUGGGCGGCAAGGCGAUUAAAAAGCAAUGGGGAUUUAUUCCCAAAUAAUAAAGAUGUCACGACGAUAUCGGUGGAGAAAGUAGAAAGUGGACAAUUAAAGGAGGAAGAUGUCGAGGAGGAAGGGAUCCAGGGAUCUCUAGUGAUCACCAUAAAUCGUGAUAUUGACCCGAAAGUGGUCAGCGUAAAGUCAGUGAUUGUGAAUUCACCAAGUGAAUUGAUUCCUGAGGUGCCACAAAAAUCCAAAGAGGGAGAAGAAACGGUUGCGAGUCAGAUACAAUUUUUCGAACAAUCUUCUAGUCAGGCUGGUAGUGGGAGUGGGGAUAAAGAGCUUGUUAAAAGAGAAAGUGAGGUAGCGUGUGUUAAAACUUCAUCUGUUGCUCCUCCCAAGAGACAGAUAAGUGCAGAAGCUGCAGUGGUGGACAGUUGGUUGGGCAAAUAUCUCAAAGAUCCCAUCUUUGUGGAGAAAUCGUCAUCACAAAAAGUCAAACCAUGUUCAGUUGGUCAUGACAGUCUCAAUUCAGAAUCUACUUCCAGUUAUCCCCCAAAUUCAGAUAAUCUAAUCCCACUCAACUCUUCGACCGAAACGACACGCAUCAAUUUAAAUAAAAAUGAGCAUGAUAACCUCCCAGAAGAUGAAGAUUCUGGCAACAAAUCGUUUCUAUUCAGCCGUUUAUCCACGGUUGGCGGCUGCGGAGGAGGUGGUGAAGCAGUACGAAGUAAUUCUCCUCUAAAUAAUAACAGAGAAAAAACUAAUGACAAUUCUCCAACCUUGUCAUCCAUGACCAUGUCCAAUCCUACAACAAAACCCAUCAAGAAAUCCCCACCAAAAGAUCAUGAAGACGUUACUACAACCGCAACAACAACAAAAUCUGAAACUGCGUGCCCCACAACUAAUGAUCAAGAUUCUCUCAUACAAUCAGUCGACAGCAAAAUUCAGUCCGUUGUCCACCGGCUUUCCAACCUGUCGGGAAAAGUGAGUCCGAGCUCGAACCAGAGUGAAAGUCCGCCACCUCCAAUCCCCAAAAUAGCAGAGGAGAGAGAGUUUGAGUCACUCAAUAUUACGGAAAGUGGUGAAAGCUGUGAGCAAAUUUGCAACAAAUUAUUGCUUUCUCCGCUAAGAAAGGAAACUUUUCACUCAGACAUUGCAAUUUCUUCGACAAGCAACGAUAACGACGUCACCACCACCCCCACGACUAGCUCGGAAUCAAGAGAGGGAUCCUCCUCCAUUGUCCGUCGACGCUCCUGGAAUUGUUCUGGGGACUCUUCUUCUCCUUGUGAAUCGUCCUCCUCCUCACUCACAAAUCUGCGCGACAAGCACAACAGAAAGGUGUCCGGUCUCGGUUGGGUUGACGAAGGUGACUCCACCGGCGUUCUCGGUGACGUGGACACUUCUGACGCUCCUGUUCCCAACUCUUCCUCCACUGAAGAAAUUGGUUCAAGUUUCUCUUUAAGAAGGAAAAAGUGGGGGAUUUUCUCCUCCUUUGGAAAACCCUCCUCGUCUUCGACAAGUUCAAGUUCAAAUAAUGGCACCCCGACGAAAGGGGGUGGCAAAAAUAAGGGAAAAGAUAAAAGUCGAAGUCUCAUGUCUGACAUGAACGGUAAAAUAGUGAAGAAUAUUUCAAGACAGAUUUCCGGCCCGAUUCUGAUAUCUCCGCCACAGCAAGAUUCUCCUCAAGACAGUAAACUCCUCCCGAGGGAAAAAUCCCAGUCUCACUCCGCCGUGCAAUUUUCCCCGGACGUUGUCGAUAUUACAUCACAUCAGAAUAAUCGACACCGAUAUUCUGAAGGGUCCAUUGGCGAGGAAAACACACUCCUUCCACGCCCUGAGUCUGAACCUGGAGAUGACUCGAGUAUCUGCUCCUUUUCCUCCGUAAGUACGACCGGGACUGGGUACACGAUCACUAUGUCGCCCGGAUACGACUCCAUCCUCGCGGAACUGUCCCAGUCGGAAAAGAAGGCGUUCUACGUGGCACGUGAAAUUCUAACUUCGGAACAAACCUUUAUCGAUGUCCUUGACCUACUCACGGUCGACUUUCCCAAUGCCAUCCGUCGCUACGAGGACACUUUGAAGCAUCCCGUGAUCCCACCACAAGACUUGGACGUCAUUCUCGGUGGUCUCCCCAACCUCAAAAGAGUAAACGAAGAGCUUCAGGUCGACCUACAGCAAAGAAUUUCAAAUUGGAUCGAGCACCCCAAACUGGCCGACGUUAUCGUCAAGAAAGGCCCCUUCCUCAAACUCUACGCCCACUAUAUUAAAAACUUUGAAAAAAUUACCCUCAAAUUGGACGAGUGUUGUUCAGCAAACGUUCAAUUUGCCCGAGCCGUGCAAGAAUUCGAGUUGAGUGAUCGCUGUCACAAAUUAGGAUUAAAGCAUUACAUGCUCAAACCAGUUCAGCGCAUGCCGCAGUAUCGUCUCUUAUUGGAAGACUAUUUGAAGCAGUUGGAGCCGGAGGGAUGUGAUUAUGAAGAUACGGUCAAGGCACUCGCUAUAGUGAAAGAUGUCGCGGACCAUGCCAAUGAAGCGAUCAAAUUGCAAGUUAAUGCGGAUAAGUUGCUCCAUUUGCAGAAUAGGAUGACAGGUGCGACUCUUAUGAAGGCAGAUCGACUCUUAAUCAAAGAGGGAGAACUGGUCAAAGUUUGCAGGAAAGAUUUACAACCACGGUUUUUCGCUUUGAUGAACGACUGUUUAAUGUGUAUGAGUUACAAUGCGACGGCCGGGUCGACGAAGGACCUCAAGAUGAGGAAUGAGAUGCCGUUGGCCGGGAUGAAGGUGUGUCUUUCAGCGUCGGAGGAUUAUCAGAAUGAGUUCAGUGUGAUAAGCACAGCUCGGAGUUUUAACUUGGUUGCAAAGACGGGUCGAGAGCGAGAAGAAUGGAUGAAGGCGUUAAACGACGCCAUCCACGAUAACAUACGAAAAAGGUCGUGUCGAACGCCUGAUCAGGAAGAGGGCUUUGCACUUGGGAAAAUUGCCCCCGUUUGGAUUCAGGAUUCUCGUGUCACGAUGUGUCAGAUCUGUACGGCAGAGUUUACGGUCACUUUUCGUCGUCAUCAUUGUCGCUCUUGUGGAAAGGUGGUGUGCCGACACUGUUCAGGAAACCAAGCUCCGUUACAAUACCUUAAAAAUGACGCGGAACGAGUUUGCGACGAAUGCUACCAAUAUCUCUUGGAAGAAUUCGACAAGGAUGCUGGAUCGAAUGAAGGUCUAGAAACGUCGCGAGAAACGAUACGAACUCGGUUCAAAAAAGUUACUCCUAACGUGUCAAAACGGGCUCAGACAAAGAGAAAUGUGAAAUCUAGAUUGGAGGUCCCCGCAAAUAAUUCUGGUUCCCGAAUCAGCAGUUAUCUCCAUUGGAGGGAAAGGAAAGCAUGGAAACGUCGCUGGUUCGUGCUAAUGGAUCGUGUCCUUUAUAUCUACGCGGCGUCUGAAGACAUCGUCGCAAUUAAAGGGAUCCCCGUCCUUGGAUGGAACGUGGAUGUAGAAAAGUCUGAGUUUAUGGACGGAGGGGAUAACGAAGCCGUCUUCAAACUGAGCCACCUCGGACAAAAUACUCUUCUUUUUCAAGCAGAUAACCCAACUUUGGCGGAAAGAUGGGUUAAUCUAAUGAAGGAGGCAACUGUGUUAACGUAACCUUUAACCUUUUGCACAACACCGGUUGAAUCCCCUUUAACUUAUUGAACACUAUUUAUUUUAGUGAGAGAACAUGAAUGUCAAAAGACUGAAAGCAUGUGGUAGGGUGGAAGAUUUUUCUCAAUUUGGUGUCAAAUGAUAUCAAAACAAAUGUCAACAUUAUUACGAUAAGUAAAAGUGUGCGAGUGAUGAACAUGAACUUAAAGUGUCCUUCGAUUCAAGUACAUUUUUUGCAAUGCAAUCAAAACUUUUAGACUUGUGAACGAAUAUAUACAUAAGUAAAUUAUGAAAUAAAAUCCAGUCACUAUUAUUCCCA